CUUUUUAUUUUAUUUUCUUUGGCAGUGGCCUUUUUGUUCUUUAGACGACAACAUGUUCAGAUGAAAAAGUUGCAGAGGUUUUGGGUGAGGAACGAUGAGGGACGAGCGAGUGAUGCUUUUUUGCUAGCGCAUGCUUUACUGCAUUGAUGACAUUUCGACAUUGACAGGGACGAAGACUCUCCUUACUUCAGCAGUAGUUGCAUACUCUGAACCUGUGUAUAGCAAUGAUUGCCUUCGUUGUCUCUGACUCAAAUAUAUAAAAUAGUAGUAAACUGUCAAAUAUCGAUAGCGCUUGAAAAUAAGCAUGGCGACCGCGUUGCUAGGCCCAUUGAAAUCGUGAGGCCAAUUUUCAACUCCAGCUCUCUCACUCAGAUAUCACUUGGGCACAUGGCUAAACGCAAGAACAAGAAGAGUAAGAGUGGUGAUACGUUGACACAGAGCUCGAUCGAGGGAAAAGAGGAUGCAAACGUCGUUACCUCAAACAAGAGACCAAGUGAAGCUGACCGGGACAAUGUCCAGAAUGUCGUCAAGAAGCAAAAGUUGAAUUCCUCGCAAAAGGAUCGCCUAAGAAAGGUGUUGGAGAAGCGUAGCAAAGGGAAACCCAAUAGCGAACUUGCAAGUACACCUAUAUCAAAAGGUCCCCCAAAAUCGACAUUGAAAGCUGGCCCCUUGAAUGCAGUUCGCGAAGCUUUGAAGGCAGGACAACAGCCAAAAGCCGGAUUGAUUCCAACAAAACAACCCGCGAAACCCACCUCAAAUCUCACCGCCCUGCAAGAAAAGAUGCACAAAAAGCUUGCUGGCGCCAAAUUCCGCUGGAUCAAUGAAAUCUUGUAUACCAAAGAAUCACGCGAAGCAGUCAAGAUCUUCAAAGAGCAACCGGAAAUGUUUGACAUUUAUCAUGAGGGAUUUAGGAGUCAAACAGAAGGAUGGCCUGCCAAUCCCGUGGAUGGGUUCCUUGCCUGGUUACGUGAAAAGCCAGAUGGGACAGUGGUGGCGGAUAUGGGAUGUGGAGAUGCCAAAAUCGCCCGGACCCUAAAAGCUGAGGAAAAGAAGAUUGUCGUGCAUUCCUUUGAUUUAGUCAAACGGUGCGAGGAAGUUGUUGCCUGUGACAUUGCAAAGGUACCACUCCAGUCGUCUUCGGUCGAUGUGGUCAUAUUCUGUUUAUCGUUGAUGGGAACCAAUUUCAUGGAUUUUGUAUUGGAAGCACAUCGAAUAUUGCGAGUAAACGGCGAGCUGAAGAUUGCUGAAGUAAUAAGUCGAUUUCCUGAUGUGGAUGCAUUUGUCGAUGCACUAUCAAAGGCCGGCUUUCGGAUGGUGCGAAAGGAUGACUCCAACACAAUGUUUAUCCUGUUUGAUUUUGUAAAAUCAAGCAAGAAAUCUGUUCAUGGCGAAAAACCAAAAGAUGGAAAGAAGAAGCGGAGAGGUGGUGGCGAGGAACAGACAUCUGAGGCGAUACAAUCUGCCUUACUCAAGCCAUGCAUGUACAAGAAGCGAUGACCCAUGUAUAUAGAUUUGCAUCUUUGACUUAAUUUAUUCAUCAUUCGUUUUGGCGUAUUGGCCAGAUUACCCCACCG